AUGACAUCGAUCACAAGUGCCCGCCCAUCAUUAACAUCUAAUGAUUCGGCUGUGCUACAAGCUCUAUUCGAUGCUGAAUCCUCUCCCUCAUCUGGAAUUACCAUCGACCCCUCACUCGCCUCAUGGCCAUCAUCUCUGAACAUAUCCGAGGCAGAUCUGGUAUCCCUCAAACAACGCGAAACAGACAUCAUCCGCGAAUUGCAACCAGAUAAAUCACCAAAUGAAGAGAUACUCAAGUCAGCACUGAACAACUUCGACAUCCUCCUCAGUGAACAUCCAACAUACCCCUCCGCAUAUACAAACCGAGCACAGACACUCCGCCUGCUAGUCGAUCUGAUCUACAACAAAGAAGCGGAUAAUGCUCCAAGUACCGACACCGAACUAGCCGAUGCUGCCCUCUUCGCCCCCCAAACCUCCCAGCUUUGCUCCCGCAUUUUCUCAGACCUCGGCCAAGCUAUCACGCUGGCUACACCCGCCUCUCCUGCUGAUCCAGUAUCAACAAGCCAAGCACGGCUAUUAGCCGAUGCGCACACGCAUCGGGGGUAUUUGCUUCUCAAAGCGGCUCGCGUAAAGAAGGGGCUUGGCAAUGAUGACGAGGCGGGCCCAGAGCGUUUGCGGAGUCUUUCCGCUGAUCAGCUCGAGGAGAUGGCUAGUCGGGAUUUCUUUUUUGGGGGUCGCUACGGAAAUAAGGUCGCGCAGCAGCUUGCUGUACAGACGAAUCCUUACGCGAAGAUGUGUGGGGCUAUUGUGAAGGAGGCUAUGAAGAAGGAGCUUGAGGGGUCGAGAUCAUAA